CCCUCUCUCUCUGUGUGGGCCAGGUGUUAGUGCUCGGCUGGAGGCGGAGCACCAUCCCACCCCUCUCGCCGCCCAACCACACCCAGGGCUCUGUUUAAAGGCUCACCCUCUGGCCCUGUCUGAGUCACUGAAAAAAGGGGUCUAAUUCUCACCGUCUGAUAAAUGACCUUGGUCACUCGCUGUGUCGAGAGACUUCUCCUCUCUCGCUCUCUGUCCUCUUCCUCCCUCUCUCUCACUCUUGGUCUCUCCCUCUCUCCCUCUUUUAUUGCCCUCCCUUGAUGUUAAACAGGAUGUCUCCAUGGAUACAGGGGUAAACAGAUGAUAACAAGCCCUCGGCCCUUUAAAGCUCAUAUGAGUGGUGGAGUUUACAGGACGGGUGCAGUGCAGGACCAGUGUAGACGCAGCAGCAGCAGCAGCCCAGGGCAGUCUGCAGAGGAUGGCUGAGAGCACAGACAUGGAGCAGCUUCUGACCUCCUUCAAGAAGUUCGCCAUCCACGGAGACACCAAAGCCACCGGCAAGGAGUUGAACGGCAAGAACUGGGCCAAGCUUUGCAAAGACUGCAAGGUCAUUGAUGGCAAGAACGUCACUGGCACCGAUGUAGACAUCGUCUUCUCAAAAGUGAAAGCAAAAACUUCACGGGUCAUCACUUACGAAGAGUUUCAGAAGGCCCUGGAGGAGUUGGCACCUAAGAGGUUCAAAGGUCAAAGCAAGGAGGAUGCUCUGAAGGCUAUGUACCAGCUGAUAGAGGGAAAGGAGCCCACCAACGUUGGGGUUACGAAAGUGGCCAAAACUGGAGCCAUGGGCAGACUGACAGACACCACAAAGUACACAGGCUCCCACAAGGAGCGCUUUGACGACACCGGUAAGGGCAAAGGCAAAGCGGGUCGGGAGGAGCUGGUGGAUAAAACCGGCUACGUCGGCGCCUACAAGAACGCCGGGACCUAUGAAGAGAAGACCAAGGCCAAGUAGGUCUCACGAUCAGCGAAACGAGUGAGGCAGAGAACAAAAACUAGGGAAAAAAAAGCAGAGGAAGAGGCGGAGCUCAUUCUUCAGUACUUAGGUCUGGACCAAACAGCCGAACUUUGACCCCGUAAGAUGGCCGCCAAGCUGACCAAUGGGGAUAUGAUCCCCUGACCAACUGGGAUGUGGUGAUUGACAAAUCUUUGAAUCUGGAAGAUGUUCUACAGCUGUAUUAUGUUGUAUAACUAGGAGGUAUUGUACCAGUACUAUUAAAGGAUGGGAAAGCACAAUGAACCCCAGAGUUCAACAGGAGAGGGAGUUGAAUUUGGAUGACUCCACCUAAAAAAUUGAUUUAAAAUGUAUCCAUAUUUUGCAGCUUGAAAUGUGUGCACUGUGUGAAAGAAUAUGUAUAAACCCCCCAAAUAUGUCUAUGCAGCAGGGGUUCAUCAGGAAUGCAGUCGAGAAACAAACAACUGUAGCAGAAUUUUUUGUUAAAAUAAUUAACAAAACAUUAAAACAUUAUAUGCAAUUCACUUGAUGAAUGUGGCAAAUAAGAUCAAUUCUCUACAAACAAGCCAAACUCACUCAGUUUUUGCUUUUUAUUCCACAAAUACAGAAGCUAACACAGCAUGUUUUACUGCAUUAGAUUUCCGUCAGAAUAUUUGUCUAUGCUUAUCGUCUUAUAAACUUGACUUGUUUUUUUUUCUGAUUUAUAAUUGUGUUCUGGAAGUUUUGUAACUGGAAAACAAAUGCGUUCAAAUUGAAGAUCUGUCAAAAAGUUUUUGUUGACUUUUGUUUGUUUGUAAUAUUGGCCUUGUUUACAGUUUAUGUUGUAUGACAGAUAAUAAAGUUGCUUGUUGCAUA